AUGCUACUAAUUGCAGCAGAUGACUCAAAGGUCCAUCCUUAUCCUACGAAAAGUAUGACCGAUUUGCCGUCUACAGAACCUCCGUCUACCCUGGCAGCUCAAUUGGCACCGCGUCUCUCCUCCCAGGGAAGCCAAGUCCACAACCUCACAAGAGAAGCCUUUGCCCAACUCCGUCAAGAACUAGUUGAUGGUCGAUAUAGUGAACUACGCCUGGAUGAUAGCGCCACCGAUGUCAGCCGGUUGAUUUGCAUUGUCCUCAAGGCCGGCCUGGAGCCAUCAAGCAAGGAGGAAAGAUCAGACACUAGGGACCUGAACGGCCAGCUCUUGGACUGCCUAGAUAUCAUCCAGACAACUGUUGAAAAGGUUCCGCAAACGCUGGUUGAAGUUCCUGACCCAGAGAUUCUUGGAGAAAAGGCGUACGCCCCAUUAUAUGCUUGGCUCGUUAUCCGGCUUCUCCACCUGUUCUGUGCUCGGAGCGAUGGCGUUGCAGAUGAGAAAAUCACUAGCAUUGUCUCGACCAUAGCUCAGGCCCAGUAUAAACAUACGAGAUUGUGGACUUCUUGCCAUGCCAUUCCCACGUUCUUGCGGGCUUGCGCUGCCGGUUUGUAG